AAGGCUGUUUGCUGCUUAUCUCCGUCGCUAAUAUAAUUUUCGUCGCCGGCUCUCUUAUCAACCCUUUACUAAGUUAUGGUGACAACCGCAUUGCACAUCAAGGCUCGGCACGAAAAUGACGUCUGCCAAAAUAACGUCCUCGGAAAAAUCCAAAAACAGUGGAGGCGACAACAAAUUCCAAACUUUGGCUUGGAUUUUGGUGCAAAGUUUGUGCCAUGGAAUUAUUUUUGCAAUUGUGUUCUCCAUAAUUUGGUACAGUUUCGUCGAUUAUGAACUCUUUUCUUUCCAUCCAACCUGUUUUUCCAUUGGGUACUUCCUCUUCAUAACGGAAGGUUUCCUGAUUUUCCUGCCAAACAGCGUGGUGACCAGAAAUUUGAAGCGACAGACCAUUGUCAAAAUUCACAUCGCCCUGCAGACCCUCGGUUUUGCCUUCAUCGUUUCCGGCUUUGUGAUCAUCAUCGUGCAUAAGUUCAACAAGGGCUACUCGCACUUCGUCACCCCUCACUCCAUCACGGGGUUGGUGGCCGUCAUUCUGACCGCCCUGAGUACCCUGGGCGGCAUCACAACCAGACUGAAGGUGCCUAACUUGGCCAGAAUCAAGUUGGGCCACAACUUCAUUGGUCUGUUGGCGUACGGGGUGGCAAUUGCGGCCAUGUGCAUGGGGGUGUGGGCAGAAUUGCGAGAAGUUAUUAAAGAGGAGUGGUGCAUCGUCAUUAUCGUUUUGACCUGCGUCGUGGCGGCCGUCGCCCUUGCCAAUGCACUCUUUAGUUUCAUCCGCAGGGUAAAAAACUUGUAAAAUUGAAUUUAUGAAAUAUUAGAGUUGAAGAAAAAAUUAUGAAUUAAUUAUGUAAUUCAUUAUUGUUUCAAAUUUUUAUAAAAAAUAUCUUAAUAAUAAAAAUUAUGAUAAAUCUUCAAAGUUAUGAGGAUAAUAAAUUUAGUUUUCAAAUUGAUUAGUCCUUUUUUAAAAGGAGAAAAAUCCUUUAUAGAUUGGAAUUUAUAUUUUUUGGAAAAAUAUUAAUAAAUGUUGAUUAUUUUGAAUAAUUUCAUGUGAUUUCAUGAAGAAAGUUGAAUGAAUAUUUAACUUAAAGCAAAGAAAGUCAGUUCUGAUUGGGUAUUUUACUUUUUAAAUAUAACAGGGAAUUUACAACCAAAUUCUUCCAUGUUCAUUUUGCCAUUAUUAGUUAAAAUUAGGAUGACUUGCAUGUUCGAUUCUGUAAAUUUUUGUUUAUAUUUGUCAUUUGGCUUUAAUUCGUAUUGGUUUUGGAAAACAGAAAUUUAAUUAUCUGUUUAAGAGAAUUUAGAUCUCUAAGAAGUUUAAAAUCUUUUUCAAAACAUAAGCAUUUUACGCUUAGUUUAACAAAAUUUGUAUUAAAAUAAAAAUUUAAUAAUUUUCUCGUUCUUUAACUAUGUCGUCAACUGGAAUUAAAAA